GAGCUCCGUUUGAACCAGAGUCCCGCCGCAGAGACAAGUGUCAGGUUUCCUUUAGCAGUGAAGCUAAGCUAAGCUAACCGAGCUAACCGUUAGCAUCAGCAGCUCCUGGUUCUUUCAGCGGGCUGUGGAGCAGCAGCUCGGUGUUGGGGUGUUUGGGUGUUGGGGUGUUGAGGUGUUGAGGUGUUGGGGUGUUUACUCAGUUGUUGUGGAUCACUGAGUUAAUAGAGAGAGUUAGAGAGAGAGGAGGAGAUGAUGAGGGAGGCAGCGGACAGCUCAGUCUACCCGGCCAAGAGACUCCCAGCAGCGGCAGCAGCGGGGAGGAAGAGCCGCCAGAAGAAAAGCUCCAUCUGCAGGGUGAGUCUGGAGAAAGUUCUGGGGAUCAGCACAGUCAGCGGCAGCGGUUUGACCUCUGACCCCAAAUCUGGGCUCAUCGCCUACCCUGCAGGGUGCGUCAUCGUGCUGCUUCACCCGAAGAAGAACAAACAGAGUCACAUCAUCAACACGUCCAGGAAGCCCUUCAGUGCUGUGGCGUUCUCCCAUGAUGGAAAGCACCUGGUCACUGGUGAGAGUGGUCACAUGCCCUGUGUGCGGGUGUGGGAGGUGGACGGAGGUCAGGUGGCCGAGGUUCAGUCUCAUAAAUACGGCGUUUCCUGCGUGGCGUUCUCCACCAACAGCUGCUACAUCGUCUCCGUGGGAUACCAACACGACAUGACUGUUAGUGUGUGGGACUGGAGGAAAGGUUCCAUCAUCGCCUCCAACAAAGUGUCCAGCAGAGUGCUCGCCGUCUCCUUCUCUCAGGACAACAGCUACUUCGUCACUGCAGGAAACCGACACGUCAAGUUCUGGUACCUGGACGCCUCCAAAGAACGACGGGUGAACAGCACUGUGCCUCUGAUUGGUCGAUCGGGGUUGCUAGGCGACCAUAAGAACAGCGUUUUUAGUGGGGUGGCAUGUGGGCGUGGCCUCAUGGCGUCCAGCACCUACUGCAUCACCAGCUCCGGUCUGCUUUGUCUUUUCAACAGCAGCCGACACCUGGAGGCCUGGGUCAACCUCAAGACGUCAUCGGCGAGCUGUCUGGCGGUCAGCGAGGACUUCAUCUUCUGUGGUUGUGCCGACGGCGCCGUCAGAGUGUUCAGCCCGUCCAACCUGCAGUACAUCACCACGCUGCAGCGACCUCACCGCCUUGGAGUCGACCUCACACAGAGCGUACAGCACGGCCUGCUACCUGCCAGUCCAGGUGCUCAGUACCCAGACACCUUGGCUGUGACCUUUGACCCCGCCGCCAGACAGCUGACCUGUGUGUACAACGACCACAGCGUGUACGUGUGGGACGUUAAAGACGUGAGGAACGCCGCCAAGCAGUACUCUGCUCUGUACCACAGCAGCUGUGUGUGGAGCGUCCAGGUGUACCCGGAGCUGUCAGACGUGUCUCAGGCCUGUCUUCCUCCGUCCUCCUUCCUCACCUGUUCAUCUGAUAACACCGUCAGACUCUGGCACACCGACCCCCCCACCGGACACCGGAACCUCUACAGCAACGACCUGCUGAGGAUCGUGUACGUGGGGGAGGACAUGCAGCACCUGCAGGCCGAGGGGGACAGGGGGGAGAGGGGGGGAGAGGCAGCAGGGGCUGAUGGGAAAGCUGGCAUCAGAGUGCUGGGGAUCAGUCCUGAUGGACAACACCUGGCAGCCGGAGACCGCUGUGGAAACCUGCGGAUCUUUGGUCUGGAGUUUCUGGACGAGCUGGUGAAGAUUGAGGCUCACGACUCGGAGGUGUUGUGUCUGGAGUUCUCCCCAACGUCCACAGGUGUGAAGCUGUUGGCGACGGCCAGUAGAGAUCGACUGAUCCACAUCUUCAACCUGGAGAAGAACUACAGUCUGGAGCAGACUCUGAACGACCACUCGGCCUCCAUCACCGCCGUCAAGUUCACCGGUGAGAGUCCAGAGGUUCAGAUGGUGAGCUGUGGAGCCGACAAGAGCAUCUACUUCCAGACAGCUGAGCAGACGGCGGAGGGUCCAUCGUUCUCCAGGAGUCACCACGUGGUUGAGAAGACGACGCUGUACGACAUGGACCUGGACUCAUCAAGGACCCACGUCGCCAUCGCCUGUCAGGACCGAAACGUCAGGGUGUACGACGUGGAAACCGGGAAGCUGAAGAAGUGUUUGAAAGGCUCGUCCAGUGAUGAAGGAGCUCUGCUGAAGGUUCAGAUGGAUCCGUCGGGGUCGUUCUUCGCCACCAGCUGCUCCGAUAAAAACAUCGCCAUCUUUGACUACGAGUCAGGAGAGUGCGUCGCCACCCUGUUCGGACACUCUGAGAUCGUCACCUGUAUGAGGUUCAGUCAGGACUGCAGACACCUCAUCACCGUGUCCGGAGACAGUUGUGUGUUUGUGUGGCGGCUGGACUCUCAGAUGACCAGCGCCAUGAGGAAGAGGCGGGGCCUGAAACUGACCGCCGCUCCCGAAACCGUCAGUCACAAGCAGCAGAACAUCAGGAGGGAGACCUUCAUCACCGGAUCCUCCUCUCAGCUGCCUCAGACGGAGGAAGACGAGGAGGAAGAGGCCGACCUCGGGACUCCAGCCAGACUGGACUCUGCUCACGAUGCUCAGCUGCUUCAGACCAACGGGAAGCUGCCCAUGUGGUUCAGGAAACUGCAGGGUCAGGGCGGAGCCUCCUCUGCUGUCCAAUCAGGCGCUGAGUCUCGUCGGCGGAGCCGCUGGGCGGAGCAGCUGAACCCUCUGACCAUCUGCUCCAACUUCUCCCCGAGUCCCACCAAGAGUCAGGAGGAGCAGGAGCAGAGAGAGGAGGAGGAGCAGAGAGAGGAGGAGGAGGAGGAGGAGGAGGAGGAGGAAGGAGACUUCCACCCUCAGAGUCUGGACAGUCUGCUGGGAGAGGAGGAGGAGGAAGAUGGAGAGGAGGAGAAGGAGGUGCUCCAGAAUCCAGAGGACAACCGGAGCAGCUACAUCCUCGACCCCACCAACACCUCCGACAGGCAGUUCGACGUGGAGGGCGUGGCCGACCCUCGGCUGGAGGUCAAAGGUCAGAGCGUGGAGCCGGUGUGGAGCACUCAGCUGAGUCCGGAUUCGGCGUGCUCAGAAGGCUCAGCAGGAAGUGUGGAUCAGCAGCAGGACGCGGACACCGACUCUCUGAGUCAGGGCAGCUCGGUGGGCUCUCUGGUCCUGGAGGACGACGACGACAGGAACUCUCUGAAGAACCACUUUGACACGCUAAGCGACGAGAAGUUCGACACGGACCUGAGGACUCUGCAGCCUCCGGAGGAGAAACACUACCUGAACCCCCGACUCAGCAUCUCCACCCGCUUCCUGUCCCGCUUCCAGGACAGAAUCAGGGCGUGGCCGAGCCGAGCUCCGCCUCCCGUCUCCAUCCCGACCAGCAUCUCAGAGGAGAGCAACGUCAGCAACACAUCGCUGAACUCUGAGACGAGCAGCGAGGUCACCUCAACAGAGACGACUCAGAGAGAAAACAACAACGGCGGCGGCGGCGGUGUGAGAUCCAACCCGUCGGUCCUUCGUCGUAGAGCUUCCUGCGUGAUUUCCCAUCAGCCCCUUCACCGCAAAGUACGCCGCCGCCGACACACCGUGGUGGUCGUCCAGUGCAGAGAAGCGCUGCGAGACGUCACCUCCAGCAUGGCGUCUGCAGUCCAGCAGGGGGGGACGCCGCCCCGGCUCGGGUACCUAGGAACCACAGCCAGCUCCAGGGCCAAACUGAGCCAGGACCAGGACCAGGAGGAGGAGGAGAACCUCCAGCCCCCUGCUGGUCUGGACCUCCAGAGCACCAGACCUGACCCGGAUCAGGACCAGAGCAGCAGUGUCGUUGCGUCGUCUCAGCUGGUGGCCACGCCCACCGAGGUGAUGUCACCAGGCGAAGUCGGGAGGGGGGGCAGCAGCAGCGUCGAGGAGACGCUGACCAAUCAAACCCUCACCUUUAGCCCCGCCCCCUCCGUCACUCCCACAGCCACGCCCACCGCCGCUGACGUCAUCAGGCAGGAGGAGGGUCCAGGAGGAUCCCAGACCAGAAUCCAGACUGAUCCAGGUUCAGGUGAUGACGAGUCGGUCAGUCUGCAGCAGGUUCAGCAGGUCGCCAACGAGCUGAGACAGACGGCGAGGAGAGCCGUACACCUCUACCAGCAGCUCGGUGUGGCGGUUGGCGGGUCGGAGCGCCGUCUUCAGAUGGCGUCCGUCCUGCAGGGUGCGUUUGAUGUCGUCCACUCUGAGCUGGCGGCGGUGCUGCGGGGGGGGGACGUACGAGGCGGCGGCGGCGGCGGCGGCGCCCCCUCCUCUGGUGGACCGGAGGACGACGGGACGAUGUCUCUGCUGGAGAGAUACUCUGAGCUGCUGGUCCAGAUGACCCAGAACAAACUGAACCGAAUCUGAACCAGGACCCGGUACGGAGGCUGUAAAGGGACCAGGACCCGGUACGGAGGCUGAACCGGGACCAGGACCCGGUACGGAGGCUGAACUGGGACCAGGACCCGGUACGGAAGCUGAAACAGGACAAACUUCACGUUAACGUGGGCCGGAUCAGUGUUUUACAUUUGAACGCACCUUAAGCUGGUUUUUAUAGCAGCAACAUGUUUUCUAUGUUUUUAAUCACCGUUUGUACAUAAACUAGUUUUAUUUGUUUCUUAAUAAUAAAAGUUCAAACUGUC